UGGGGUAUAAAUACGGAAAUUCCUCCACAGGUUGUUAUUUCUCGGCGACAUUCCGUCAUAGCACACUUACUUCGAUUUUGUUCCCGAAUCAUUACCCCAUAUCACACGAUGGCUGAUACUGUCGUAUCUUCUCAGAGGAAGGACCCUUCUAUCAGAAAGAGCAACAAACCAUUGAUGGAAAAGAAACGAAGAGCUAGAAUCAAUAAUUGUCUGGGGCAGCUGAAGACACUGACACUACAAGCACUUAAAAAAGAUAGCUCGCAAUUUUCCAAGUUGGAGAAAGCUGACAUUUUGGAAUUGACUGUUAAACAUCUGCGAAACUUACAACGUCAACAGAUUUCGGGUUCCAUGGCAACAGAUACCUCAGUGAUGGGCAAAUACAGAGCUGGCUUCAAUGAAUGCGCAAACGAAGUGAUGCGUUAUUUGAGUUCCAGUCACGACAUCAACGGUGAUGUACGAAGUCAGCUGAUCAACCACCUCGCCAACUGUCUCCAAGCAGUCAACAGUGUCCAGACACCAGACGCGAUACACCAAAGAUGUCUCCAGCCAAUCAGUGUCCAGAUCCCAUCUUCCGGGCAGGCAUCCCACAACACACCUCCGUCCAUGUCGGCAGCAGCAGCAUCUCACCCACAGACACCUGUUGCAUCCACACAGAUCAUCCCGUCUCCAACAUCCACCCCAUCCUCCAGCCCCGUCCAGCAACUGUCUGGGGCCUUUCAUAUUAUGCCAGGGAACAUGUGCAACGGAAGCGCUGUGGCUGUGUAUCUAGGCAACCAGAACUCGCACUCUGUGCCUGUGUACUCUCUCCACGUUCCACAGACAGACAGCGGUGUGACCACAUUUGUGCCUUCUCCGACUGGGUCCUCCCAAUCACUCAACUCACCAACACAACUUUUCUACAGUGAACGAAAACACAGUGACUCUCGUUUCACCCCUUACUCAACAAGCCCUGUGUGUUCCCCCUCGCCAUCGAAACUGAAGGAGGAGUGUGUGUGGCGACCAUGGUAGAUUGCCUACUGUGGUCAGGUUAUCACAAAGUGCCUACAAACUCUUGGAUUUACACCAUUGACUAUUCAGUGCCAUGACAUCUCAUUCCAAUCUUCUGGACUUUCCACUUUUGUUGAAGCAUGACUGUGCUGGUCCCUGCGAGUUUGACUGCAGGCGACGCCAUGGCCCUCUCCCGACGGCCACGUUAUUUCAUGCUAUUGUUCAGUGAACAUUAAUAGCUUGGUGCAUAUGACAGUAUUUUUUACAUUUACUGUUUUGUUAUUAAAAAUGAAAACUAAA